AUGAUUUCUCAGGGCUUUUUCGGUGAUCUCUUCGGAGGUCUUUGGAGUGACAGUAAGAAAGUUGCCACCAAGGUUCUGCGUGAAGAUUCGGGCAAAUUCCGAGAUGAGCUCGUUGACUCUGGAGAUGCCCUCAAGAGUACUCUUCUAAGGCAUGGACGUAACGCAGUGGGAUCGCUGGGAAGGGCUUUCAAGGAUACAUGGUCAUCGGCGUUAGACAGUGGCGAGGAUUAUCUAGAUAAUGCUGUUGAAGCGGGUAGAGGUGUAGCGACUAAUGCGGGUGUGGGUAUUGCUAGGGGGAUGGCCAGGGCGAGGGACAGAGCAGCUUCCACCAGUGAGCGCCUCCGAGAGCAAGCUGAUAGACUUAAUGCUAUUCCUUCUACUAUCGAUAUGAUCCACAGAGGCGCUCGCAAUAGCAUACGUGCUGGCCUGAACUCAAGGAGCCCCUGGAAUGGUUAUAAUGAGAAUUACUUCCCGCGUUCACGCCGCUCGGCCGUCCAUGAUUUCUUUGGGGCGUGUAAGGCGGCUAUUGAGAAGGUGUAUGAAGAGCGAGGAUGGGGAGAAAUUAAAGUUGGUGUUGUGUACGGUGAUGAUGUAUUAAAGGAAAUUGGGGAUUUGGUGGACCACGUGCCUCACCAGAAGAGCCUGACAACAGCAAACGUAUAUCUGGGAGCCGCCCCUAUCGUGGAAUGCCUUGCUGGUGGAGCUGAUAUGGUCAUCACUGGUCGUGUAGUCGACUCUGCACUUGUCCUCGCUCCGCUCAUUUACGAGUUCGGUUGGUCUAUGGAGGAUCUCGAUUUGAUGGCUUCGGGCACCCUAGCUGGACAUGUGCUAGAGUGUGGAGCGCAGGCUACGGGAGGACUGAUGACCGAUUGCUUAGAGGCUGAAGUGGCUGAGGGAUGGUCGAAUAUUGGAUACCCUAUUGCCGAGGUAUUGGCCAGUGGGGAGUUCCUUGUGUCGAAGCCUCCAGGAACAGGCGGCUCUGGGGUUAAGGAACAAAUACUGUAUGAAAUUGCAGAUCCGGGAAACUACAUUGUUCCUGAUGUCGUUUGUGAUUUUACUCAAGUGAAAGUGGACCAAGUUGGUGACAAUGCUGUGAGAGUCGCCAAUGCUAGGGGGAAGUGUCCGACGGAAACUUACAAGGUUUGCGGAACUUAUAUGGACGGCUAUAAGGUGGUGACUAGUCUAGUAGUAAGGGGCAAGGACGCUGAAGUGAAGGCUCGGAAAACCGCAGAGGCGAUCAUAAAAAGAGUCGAGAAGCAUUUCGGGAUCACAUUGGAAGAGUCGAGAAUCGAGAUCAUAAGCAGCGACUUUGAGGCGAUGGUGAGGCUAGCGGCCAAGCAUGAGGAUAAGAAGGUGCUGCAGUUGUUGUCGAAUGAAUUGAGCAGUGCGGCCACGUCAAUGGCUCCGGGUACUAUCGGAUUCAGUAGUGGUCGAGCUCGACCUCAUGCCAUCAUCCGUAUGGUCCCGAUGCUAGUCGCCAAGAGCAAGAUCCGAGCCAAGAUUCAAAUUGGGCGAGGACCAGAGAGGCAACUAGAGCCAUCGGUGGGCCCUGUGAACAUCCAUUGGCCUCAUCCCACUCAGCGGGUGCUUGCCGUACAAGCUGUAGACCCUCAUGAUUUUUCCCCAUGUGAAACGGUUCCUCUACUGCGCGUGUGUUACGCUCGGUCUGGGGACAAGGGCAACAACGUUAAUAUUGGCCUAUUUGCUCGGAAUGAGAGGUACUUGCCUUAUAUCAAGCAUCAAGUGACAGCUGAUAGUGUCCGACAUUACUUUAAGAACCGUUGGGGUCUGCCUAGUACCUCUUGUGUCCGAUAUGAUGUUCCUGGCCUUGGAGCACUCAAUUAUCUGCUUAGUGACAUUCUGGGUGGAGGAGGCAUGGCUUCACUUCAUGGGGACAAUUUGGGAAAGACCUACGGGCAGAUGCUCCUACAGAUGCCGAUAUUGAUGCCCUCAACAGCAUUGGAUGCGGUCCGACCUAGCAACCUGCCUGAGCUGCAACACUACUCUGCUGACUGCAUGGGAUUUUCAGGGCAGGGGUUUGACUUUGUUAUUCAUAGAUCGAAACAUGUUGCUGAGAUUAUAUUGAACCGACCUAAAGAACACAACUCGUUGACCGAUGAGAUGAUGGGGUCUUUGACGAGAUGUGCUGACUUGCUUACGAACAAUCUCGAUGUCCGUCGCAGCGUCCGCUUGGUGAUCCUACGAGCCACUGCUGAUAGUAAGACAUUUUGUGCUGGUCUUGACCCUAGGGAGUUCAGUCGAAGUCGUACAGUGUCUCUGGCUGAAAACGUUGAAGGGGCGAGUAAUUUCGUCCGAGUGUUGACCCAAUUGGCCCGAAUUCCCCAGUUUCUGGUCAGUGCGGUAUCAGGAAGAGUGUUCGGUGGGGGCUGGGGCCUUCUAGCGGUCUGCGAUAUGGUGGUGGCCUCUAGAGAAAAAACGGAGCUUACUCUGUCGGAAGUCAAAUUGGGUGUGUGUCCAGCGACGAUCCUUCCCUUUGUUAUCCGUCGAGUUGGACCCAGCACGGCAGUUCGCCUCGCGGCUCUUGCUACUCCUAUUGAUGCUGACGAAGCUAAAACAGCAGGUAUAGUUGAUAUCGUGGUCCAGAGGGCAUCGGAUCUCGACGCGGCCUUGCAAGCUAUCGCUGAUCGUAUCAGAAUGAGCGAACCACAUGCAGUGAGCGAGUUGAAGAAACUCGCGUUUAAUAUGGAAAAACAGGAGAUGGGGACAGCUGAAUUGACUCGUUCGGUCGCGAGUGUGAUUGCCAAUCUCCGCGCAGGGAAGGAGGCGGCUGAGGGUAUAAGGGCUUUGAAAGAACGACGUGAACCGGAGUGGGCGAGCGCUAGGGUUGAGGUUCCGAGCGUGUUGGGUCCUGGGAUCAACCUGAAGACAGAAAGUCGCAUUUGAAAAUUUUCUUUCCGUUUUGGAAUUUUUGAAAGAGAUCAUCACUCAUGAGUUUAUAUGAAUCGUUU